CCAUGGCAUAGGCACUUGGUACGUCUCGAUAAAAAAAAUUAAUGCUGAGCGUGCAGGCAUGGAACAACUAGCAGGCACUGUCAAUAUGUUGCGGCACCACAGUGACAGCUUGCAAGCGCUGCGAGUUCUUGAAUUUGGACGAUUGCAAAAAGGCAUAUAUCUUGAUCAUGCAGCAGCAGCCCUGUACACAAAAAGUCAGAUCAAUGCUACACAUAUGGACUUGCUCUCCAAUCAUUAUGGCAAUCCACACAGUAGACACUCGAGUAGUCAAUUGGCCACAGAGAUGAUUGAAAGAACACGACUCAGAGUACUGAAGUUUUUCUGCACGUCAAGCGACGACUACUCCGUCGUAUUCACCGCCGGGUGCACAGCCGCGCUGAAGCUUGUCGCCGAUUCGUUCCGGUGGACAGAUGGCACCACCGGUCGAGCGCCGGGUGUUUUCUGCUACCUGAACGACUCGCACACGUCAGUGCUGGGCAUGAGAGAGGUUGCCGCGCAACGCGGCGCGUCGGUCAACUGCGUGUCCAUCUCCGAUGUCGAACGCCUGACAGCUGAUCUGCAAUGGCGCGACGGCGUUUCAACGCUCCGCCACCAGCGCGCAUGCAAGUCUCUGUUCGCCAUGCCCGCCCAGUGCAACUUUUCAGGCAGGAAGUAUCCACUUAGUUGGGUGGCUGCGGUGCAUGGUGGUGCCCUCGAUGAUCGUCGGCCCAUGCAGCAAAGCGAAAACGAAACUCAGGAGACGACCGCCCCGCCCGUUGCCGGCAGCAAUACGUACGUAGAUGGCACCGCGUGGUACGUCUUGCUGGACGCCUCGGCGCUCGUAGGUACAGCUCCGCUCGAUCUUGGAGAACACCGGCCGGAUUAUGUUGCUGUCUCGUUCUACAAGAUGUUUGGGUAUCCGACGGGUGUCGGAGCUCUGCUGGUGAGGAACGACAGCCAGGGGGCGCUGGCGAGGACAUACUUCGGCGGCGGGACUGUUCAGGUAUCACUAGCCAGUGAGAGGUACCACACCUGCAGGCUAGGCAUCAGUGAAAGGUUCGAAGAUGGUACCAUACCAUUUCUAGAAAUCGCAGCACUCAGACAUGGGUUUGAUGUGCUAGAGGGUAUGGCAGGUGGCAUCCACCACAUCUCAUCAUACGCGUUCUCACUCGCGAGGUAUGUGUACGAAAGACUGGACGCUCUCUGCCACCACAAUGGGGCACCAGUGGCCAGAAUCUAUUGCGACACACGAUAUGACAAUGUGGCUACCCAGGGUGCGAUUCUUGCCUUUAAUAUCCUAAAGGAGACAGGAGAGUAUGAGGGGUACGCAGAGGUUGAAAAGAUGGCCAGUCUGUACAACAUUCAGUUGCGCACUGGCUGCUUUUGCAACCCCGGUGCAUGCCAGCGCCACCUAGGUCUUACCAAUGAGCAAGUAAAACAGCACUUUCAGGCAGGUCACAUGUGUGGCGACAGCGUUGAUGUGAUUAGUGGCUGUCCGACUGGGGCAGUGCGCAUUUCCUUCGGCUGGAUGUCAACGCUGGAGGACGGGCAGCGAUUCCUGGACAUGGUGCGAACAUGCUUCGUGGUCGCACACUCCACCGGCGAAAUGCACUGCGACAAAAGUGGCACCAAUGUAGACAACCCAUGUGUUUUGAGACCGGUGUCACCUUUCAGUGAUAGCGCGGUGGUGGCAGACUGUCAUGGCGUCAUGUCGGCGAAGACGGCAGACACUUCACACAUAUCCGCACCAGACAUGCAAGAGAAUGAAUCGCUGAGGCUCUCACGCAUUUUCCUGUACCCUGUAAAAUCGUGUGGCUCACUGGAGGUGCAUGAGUGGAAGCUGAGUGAGCGAGGCCUACUCUACGACAGGCAGUGGAUGGUCGUCACGGAUGCUGGCAUCGUUCUCACUCAGAAGCGCGAGUCUCGCCUAUGUCUCAUCAAGCCUCGCUUGGACUUGCUGGCUGGUGUCCUGUGGCUGACGUUCCCAGAUACCAACCCACUAAGUGUCCCCUUAGCCAUGGACCACGACAAGCAGGAGCAAGCCACAUCCGCCGAGAGGUUCACAGGCACCGUAUGUAGGGCUCGUGUGUGGGGACAGGACUGUGGUGCAGAAGCAGGGAGGUGGCUAUCAGCGUGCCUGAAUCGACCCGGCUGUCGCCUAGUUGCCCAUGACCCCGGCAGCAAACGAACACACGAUGAGGGUCGGACUUCGUUGUCACUCGCUAACGAGGCCCAGUACCUCAUCAUCUCCGAGUCCAGCAUCUCGCAUCUCUUUGAUUCCAUCGCCAUGACAGCGGACGAUGCUCGUCCUGAUCCCGAUGACUUGAUGGAGCGUUUCCGUGCAAACCUAGUUAUCGCAGGCGGCACACCAUUUGAGGAGGAGAGAUGGGAAAGUGUGCAGAUCGGCUGCCACAGCUUCCAGAGUCUGGGCCACUGCACUCGCUGUGCAGUGAUAUGCACUAAUCAGAGAACUGCAGAGUUUGGCCGACAGCUGCUGGUGACCCUGAGGUCACUUCGCGCAGGCAAGCUUAACUUUGGCAUCUAUGUAAGAGCCAGCUACAGCAGCAGUGACGCCACCAGUACAUUGAGAGUGGGAGACCAGGUGUUACCGGCUUAUAGGUUGGUGGUGGAGGCGUAAGUGUGCGUGAAGGGUUCUGGAGUGGGUGUAUAGGUGCGUGGUGCAGUGGUUGUAAACGACAGCUAAAUACGGUGUUAUUAACUAACUGACUAUAUACUGCCAUGCACAGGCCUUAUAUUAUAUUAGCAAAGGGGUUGUUAAAUAUAAAUGUAGGAUUAGGAAGAGGAUGCGGGAAUUGGGCUGAGAGAGAGAAAAUUAAGGCCUAUAAAAAUUAAUUUUAUUUAUUAAAUAUAUAUAUAUAUAUAUACAUGGCAGUAUGUCAGGUAUCUAGUUUUAAUAAUGAAAAUAACCUGUUAUAUAUAUAGGCUGGGAAUAUUGUUAUAUUAUUUUGUUUCUCUAAUAUAAAUAAUAACCUCUAAACAUAUGUUAUCAAAGUACUGAAAUAAAGUGUACUUUUUACAGCCACAAGA